AUGAAGACACUCCAAGGAGUGGGAUCGCAUGCGCAGAUACAACAACAAUGCAAGACACAGCAGCAGCAGGCAGGCUCAGGAUCUGUUGUGUUCGGGCUUUGGAAACCAAAAGACUCAGAUCAUGGCUUGGAUAGGCUCAAUAGGGCCCGGGAGAAAAUGGAUGAGCUAGUGCUGGGCAACUACAGAAGAGUCGCCGAGCCUCGAGGAGCCAUCGAGGACGACAAUGGGCACAGAUCAAGACGACAAAGGGCCGGCACACAUGUUGCCUCGCAGACGCGUGAGCUCAUGGCCAGCCAUCAUAGUAUACCUAACGAGCAGCAACUGCUACCGCCCACGGGAAGAAACCAGGAACAGAGGAAGCAAGCGAAAGAUAUCAUCAACAUACCCAUUGUGAUUGUGGUUUAA